AUGGGGGGGAGGAGGAGGGAACGCGGCGGUAGUGUUGCGGGAGAGUCUCGACGAGGCAUCUCAUGUGUCAAAUUCGGUAUUUGUCGGGAUUUUGCAAACAGCCGCCGAUGUGCGGCGGCGAAGCACCCACAACACUGUCUGAACUCGCCCUCAGGCGGCUAAAUUCGAACCGCGAAACGGGAGAAUGUCCUUUGCAUGAGCAUCGACGGUUUGAAAUGAGUUUGAAGCUCAGAAAUUCCAGCAAAAGGAUUUUUGGGCUGAUCAGAUCAAGAAUUCAAAGUCAAAUAGUGCCAUUUUUUGAGAAACUAUGUAUGGACAUCCAAAAUCACUUUGCAAUUUAAUAACUCGAAUUUUUUUUCACGAAAAGCUUGUGAACUGGUUUUUCAAGUAGUCCGGGAAAAUUUGAAAGAAAAAAGGAGAUUUGUCUUUUGAAUAGGCAUGAAAAUAAAAGAACUGUAAAUGAGCUUGAAACCAAAAAACUCCAAAUUUCACAGCAAGGCUGGAGGACCAAUCAUACAUGGGCAAAUAAAGAAUUCAAUACGUCGGGGAGGUGAGAAUGGCUUUUAAAAAAAGGUUGAAAAAGAAAUAUGAUUUAAGAAAAAAAAUAAUAAAACUAGGCUGUUAUAUUACAAGAGAUAGCUUUGACUUUAAUUUUGUAAGACUCAGGAGAAGGUGUUCAAGGCUUUCAAGAUUGGUCUGCUCAUGUAUGGAACCAAUUUUUUCAAGUAACGUCAAAGAUGACACGAAAUUCUUGUUGUCAAACAUUUUUCCUUUGAAAAUUAGCGUUCAAAUAUAAAAUAUUUAGUGUCAUUUGAAGGGGAUCUUGAUAGUUUCAUAAGCUUCUUUCAAGCUGAAUUUCGGCUGUAAAUGACUGGAAAAUUGGUUCAAAUAGGCUAUGAAAGGGCUUCAUAAGCUUGCCAUUGUCCUUCCAGGGUUAUACUUCAAGUUCAAGCUGAAUUUUGGUGAUAAAUGGCAAGAAAAUGAGCUCAAAAAAGACUGAUUAAGGCGCUUUUCCUAUGCUUUUCAAGCUUUUUUUUUUCUUGAGCGUGUUCCUCUGACACUCUAGUGUAGUCUUCAAAACUCAAGGUCAGUUUUAAGAAUACAUUUCUAGAAAAAUCAUUCAAAAAGACUAAUAAAAGCGCUUUGCUGAGCACAACUUCUUGUGAUAUCCUUCAUCCUCAAGCCGAUUUUUUGUGAUAUCUGGUCCGAAAAGUUGUUCUAAAACCCUUCGACGUUCUCCCAUAAGCUUCCCUUUCUGACACUUAAUAAAGCUAUCAUCCAAGUUUUGCGUUUUAAUGAUAACUGACAAGCAAAAGGGGUUUGAAAUCGUCAACCAAAGGUGUUUUAUUAAGCUCCUUUCUAAGACCUUCUUAGGAUAUUCUUCAACCUCAAGCCAAAUUUCGGUGAUACUGGUUAAGAAAAAAGAGUUUUAAAACCCUUCAACGUGCUCCCAUAAGCUUCCCUUUCUGACACUUCAUAUAGCUAUCAUCCAAGUUUUGAGUUUUGGUGAUAACUGGCAAGGCACAAGACGAGCUGGGCGGCGCGUGCGGCCGCCACUUGACUUCACACUUCCUCUUGACUUACGAUCAGCACGUCCGCGGACGCUUCUUCACGGUAUCAAUCGGUCAAGGAGCGGCCGUCUGA